AUGCAGAAUGCUGUACGAUGGACUAGGCUAUUUUGUAGCCCUAACAGCGUCGAAUAUCUUAAACCUAAUACUAUAUCGAGCAAGCGACGUCAACAUCCAGUCCGCUGGGUGAGGCAAAACCAUACUCUUGGUGAUGUUGUUGAUUCACAGCGAAACAGAGUGUCUCUAAGCUAUAGUAUAACAUGGAUUAUGAGCCAACGUAUAUUGAUCCAUCUACGCGAUGCGGGAGCACCCAAAGAACCACACACCGCUGUGACCCAUCAUCUGCAAUCGUUACAAGACAUCAAUACUGCCAUACGUGCAUAUGCCCUAUCACCGACUAGACCACAACAUGAGCUCCACAGAGCACAGGACCGUCAAGCUGGUGAAGACUUGGCGGAAUUGAACCUUCCAGUGCGGAUUGGGCGCUCGAUCGUCGCGGACGAUAGGAGCCAUCCUGUAGCAACUCCGUUGGACAAAGCGCUAUAUACAUCUCAGAAAGCAAUAUGGGAACAAAGGCAAGAUGUGUGA